UAUGUGCUAUGUGUGGUGUUGUGCACUCGAUUGGUCUUUUUAUAAUUUACUAUAAUACAGUAUACAGUAUACACAUUAGUACAUAACGUUCGAGUGUGGUCAACGUGCCAUUCUUAAGUACCUGCCUAAAUUCUGCGUACGUGUGUGUGUACGAGUAAAUUUUUAUUCAAUACGAGAUCGAAUAUAUAUUUUGGCACGCGAAAGCUCGUCGUCGUCGUCGUCGCGAUCGCGAAUGAACCGGUGAUGAGAUUUAUCUGCGAUCUAGUCCAGUGGUUGUCUGAUUGGUCGCGCGUGUCGAAAAAUUGAUCUCGAAAACGGCUCGAUCAAUUGGUGGCGAGUUUGGAAAAAAAAUCCACUAUGGUACCUACGUAUUCGAAGCAUUACAGACGUUGUACCAGUCAUUAUACCCCACUGGGUACAGGUGCGAGGAUUGGUACACCUUCGGAAAACUCCAGUUUAUUCUUCGAGUCGACUCUUUCGACCAUCGAUGGAUCGGCUUGUCCAUUAGUUUGGCGACCGAGAUACUCACUCACCAGACGUACUGCCAAAAUUGCCAGGGAAGUACAAUGUGCCUGGAACAGUGUACUAGGUCCUGCGGCGAGUGUAGUGCCGGCAGAAAAGAUCACCAAGUUGUUUAAUCACUUGGAAAUUUACCCGAACAAUGUUCAAGUUCAUGAAAUGCUGCAAUGUGCUCAAAAAUGCGCCGGUCGAAAUUCAUCCAAGUAUUUGACUUUUGCGGAAUUCUGCAUUUUUGCGACUGAGCUAAAGAAAUCUAUUCAUAGCAGAAUAUACAGAUGCGACUAUUUCUCCAAACUGUUGCGAAAGGAUGAACACAUUAAAAACAAAAGGAUUAGGAAAAUGUCAGAUUUCGCGUCUCGAGAAGUUUUUCUAGGAGGUUCGUGUAAUCCGACGACUUGGAGACAAGAUGAAGCCAUUCCGAUACUUGAGAAAUACGGCAUAUCGUAUUUUAAUCCGCAAGUAUCGGAUUGGAGUCCGGAGCUGAUCGAGACCGAACAUCGGGCGAAACAAAAUUCUAGUAUAUUACUUUACGUAAUCAAUAAUCAAACCAGAAACGUGGUCAGUUUAAUCGAAACGGUUAAUUUUUUGGGCAGUCGUAGGAAAUUAGCGAUCGUCAUCAAUUAUUAUAAAGGACCGGGCCAGAUUAUCGCCGGGGAAAGCAUAUCAGCCGAUGAAUUUAACGAAUUAAAUAGCAGUUUGGUUCUAUCAAGGCAGCUAGUCGAAAGAAGAAAGAAUCCAGUAUUUUCCGAAGUACCUGAAGCUGUGAAAUAUGUCGUUGAUGUUAUUCAUGGCUCAAAUAGAAAAAUCGAAGAAGUCAAAAAUGGUCAAAGAAUAAUGAAAAUGAAGGAAGCAUUUGAAUCUCUAGAUACGGAUAAAUCCGGAUUAAUCAGUUCAAAAGACAUAUGCAAAGCAUUAUGCUUACUUACGCAAAAAAGAAGCCAGUCGGCAGAAUUACGAAAAAAUAUUUUACAAAAAAUCGAUUCAAACAAAACGAAUAAUCAUAACGUGAAAGUAAAUUUCGAACAAUUUUGCAAAAUUGUUUCCGAAUUGAAUUUAACUUGCGAUAAAAAGUACUUGAACGGAAAUAUCGACAAAAGAACAAAUCGUUCGAAUUUUCUCAGAUCAUUAUCAACACCCGAUGACAAACCGACCUUUACUGACAAUGGAAUUCAUUUAACGGAUAUUUACCUAGGAGGGGAUUGUCACCAGGGAUUAAAUUGGAGACAAAAAAUAGCCAUACCUAAGCUAAGGAAUUCGUGCCUGACAUUUUUCAAUCCUGAAAAUGAACGCAUAUCGAAUGGAAAAUUAUCACCCUCCGAAUUUGCUGUUAUUAAUAAUUCCAGCGUAUUAUUGUUCGUAAUCACAAAUACAUCGCGUGCUUUGUUUACAAUGGUUUUGGCUUCUUAUUAUUUAGGAGUCGGUGCUGAUAUCGUGCUUUGUAUUCAGCAGUUACCAGAUCAAUGUGUCAUUGGUUCAGAUAAGUUAUCUCAACAAGCUGUAAAAGACUAUAAUCGAGGACGUCUAUAUUUGGCCGAUUUAGCCAGACGUGAAAAUGUUCCUAUCUAUGAAUCUAUUUCCGAUGCAGUGGAAGCAGCUAUUACUAAAUGCAUUAAGUAAACUUAUAUUAAGAUCUGAUUCCUGUGAUAUUUGUAAUAAGCUAAUCUGUAAUUUUUAUAUUUUCUUUUUGUAUAAAAAAACAAAGAAAAAACUAAAUAAAAAAUAAAAAAGAUCGAAGUGAUUGGAUUAAUAUUAACAUUAUGUUUUUAGAUGAAAUUAAUUAUCGUAGAACAUGAAUUUUCAUGACUUAAAAUCAUCACUUUUUUCGCUAACUUUUUUCAUUUUUUACAAAACAUCACGUAUACUUUAGUCAAAAUACAUAUUUAUUUCUUACAGUAUUAUAAAAAUAAUUAAUUAGUCAUUUAUUUCGAGAAAAAUGUAUCGAUGUGCGUGGCUUUUCUACCUCAUUUUUAUUUUUUAAUAGGAAAAAAAAAUGUCAAAACUACAUCACGAAUUUUUGUAAAUAAGUAAUUUUUCUUUACAAAAGUAUUAAUUGUUCCGUGUUAUAUUUUGUUCUUGUUUUUUUCUCUUUAUAUUGCAUGUACAUAGGAUACUAAUCAUUGUUUAAUUUAUAAACGUAUUUAAGAAUUUUUUUUUACUUCGAGUUUAUGUAGCUACUGGUAUAGUGCUGAUGAUUGAUUUCAAAGUAAUGGAAUUUUCUUUAUUUUUUUUUCUGAAUUUUGACUAAUCGUGUUUACAUUCCACCAAGUGUAGUGAAUUACCAAUAGAAUUGGAUAUUGAUGUUUGUGAAAUUAGUGUAUGAAAUCUGUUUUAUUAUCUUCUUUUUUGGAAGAAAAUGAAAGAAAAUAAAUCGUACUAAAUCUGUUGAA